CUUUGCGCUCUGAAAGGGAAAACCCAUUGAGAGAAGGAGUGAUUUUCUCCUCUAUAGAGAGAGAGAGAGAGAGAGAGAGCUUGGUCUGGCUUAGUAGCGGCGAUUUGGUCCAAGGAUAGGAGCUAUAGAAGCGAGAGUUGGCUUUAAUCUGGCAUUGUCUUUGUUUUAAACGUGCUGCGUUGGGUCUUCGAUUCUCUCGUCAACAGAGAGAGAGUUUGUUUUUGUUUUCAAGGCGAAGCGUAAGGGAGUGCAGAGAGAGAGGAGCUAUUUCAGUGCUCUGUUUUCUCUGAUUUGGAGUUAGAAUUUGAAGGAAGAGACGAAGAGUAGAGACAUGGAGUGGGCUGCUUAUUUGGAUGAAUAUCAAAAGCUUGUCAUCAGAAUGACCACUCCCAGAGUAGUUAUUGACAAUGCGGUUUGCCCUACUGCGACUGUUGUAAAGGUCGAUAGUGCUAGAAGACAUGGAAUACUGUUGGAGGCGGUACAGGUUCUCACGGAUCUGAACCUUUCGAUUAAGAAGGCGUAUAUUUCUUCGGAUGGACGGUGGUUCAUGGAUGUUUUUCAUGUGACUGAUCUAAACGGAAACAAGUUGACGGAUGAGAGCGUUAUCAACUAUAUAGAGCAGUCACUCGGAACAAUUAAUUAUGACAGGGCAAGUGGCUUUAACGGCUUAACGGCAUUAGAGCUUACUGGAACGGAUCGGGUUGGUCUUCUCUCCGAGGUUUUUGCAGUACUAGCUGACCUGCAAUGUAAUGUGGUAGAGGCCAAGGUGUGGACUCACAAUGGUCGAAUAGCUUCACUCAUUUAUGUUAAGGACUACAAUUCUGGGUCCCCUAUUGAGGACUCGCAAAAAAUUGAUAGAAUCGAAGCACGUUUAAGGAAUGUACUCAAGGGUGACAAUGACAUUCGAAGUGCAAAUAUGUCGGUUUCAAUGUCUGCCAUGCAUACUGAGAGAAGGCUUCAUCAGAUGAUGUUUGCUGAUCGUGACUAUGAGAGGAAGCCCAUUUUGCAACUUACUGGUGAUUAUUCGCCUGUCGUCUCAGUGCAGAACUGGGCAGAAAGGGGUUAUUCUGUUGUGAAUGUUCAGUGUAGAGAUCGAACAAAGCUUCUUUUUGAUGUUGUUUGCACUUUGACUGAUAUGGAUUAUCUUGUGUUCCAUGCGACAAUCAAUACAGCAGAGGAUAGAGCAUAUCUGGAAUUCUACAUUAGGCACACGGAUGGAACCCCAAUUAACUCAGAGCCUGAGAGGCAACGAGUGAUUCAAUGCCUACAAGCUGCUGUUGAAAGAAGAGCAUCUGAGGGUGUGAGGCUUGAGUUAAGCACUAGAGACAGACAAGGCCUUUUAGCGGAUGUGACACGCACAUUCAGGGAGAAUGGUCUUAAUGUGACAAGGUCCGAGAUAUCAACAACAGAGGAAAUUGCUGUAAACGUGUUCUACGUAACUGAUGCUAUGGGAAACCCUGCUGACCCGAAAAUCAUAGAAUCUGUUCGACAGAAGAUUGGAUUGAGUAAUUUAAAAGUGAAGGAAUUGCCAUUGAUGUACCAACAGAAGGCUGAGAGAGAAGAACAGCCAGGUGGGGUCGGCGGGGCCGUGUUACUAUCACUUGGUAGCUUAGUAAGAAAGAAUCUAUACAAUUUGGGAUUGAUCAGAUCUUAUUCUUGAAAAUGGGAUUGUUUGAAAAGGCAAAUUCGAUAUGGGGGGGGCAUAUUCUUUGCUUGAGGUAUGAGUUUGGUGUACAUAUGGAAAAGUUGGCAUGGGGUUUCAAGUAGCUGUAGGCUGUAGUGGGUUUGGUGGGUUGAAUAGAUAGAGAAACAGCUGGGUUUGGGGCCUCUCCACCAUUAUUUUUUCUUUUAAAUUGCUUUGUUUGAAGGAUGGGAUUUGAGAUGGGGGAGGGGAACAAAGUGACACUGAAAGUUGUUUGGUGGAGGGUGGUGGUUGUUACAUAUGAAGGUUUGUUGCUGGUGGAGAAAGGUCAGAAGAAGAUUAGGUAGAUGAAAAACAAGUAUUCUAUACAGCAUCUUUGUACAUGACCAUUUUUUAAAGUAUUAGUAUUAAUGGUUGACUUGAUUUGUUCA